UUCUCCCACCCCUCAUUCCCGAUUUUUUCCCCGGAAUUUCCCGACAUGGCGGAGCACCAGGAGCUGCUGGCGGAGAUGCCGGCGGUUUGCCGGCUCAGCACUCCCGAGAGGCUCCGGCACGCCCAGAAACGCCGGGCCCAGCAGCUGAAGAAAUGGGCACAGGCGGAAAAGGAGAUGCCAGGAAUUCCCAAAGGAGGAGGAGGAGGAGGAGAGAGGAAGAGGAGGAGGAGGAAGAGCAGCGGCCGCGGCAGGAGGGUGACGUUCCCGGCCAGCGUGCGGCUGCUGGAAGCGGCCGCCCGGCACGACGCCGAGGAAGUCCGGCAGUUCCUGGAGAGCGGGAUCAGCCCCGACCUGUGCAACGAGGACGGGCUGACGGCGCUGCACCAGUGCUGCAUCGACGAUUCCCUUCCCCUGGUGCUGCUGCUCCUGGACUCGGGCGCCGCCGUCAACGCGCGCGACGCCGAGCUCUGGACGCCGCUCCACGCCGCCGCCACCUGCGGCCACCUGGGCCUGGUGCAGCUGCUCAUCCAACGGAAGGUGGUGCGCCGGGCCAGCGUGUCGGAGCGCUCCAGCCUGUACCGGCGGGAGCAGCGGCGCGAGGCCAUCGUGUGGGGGACACAGGGACAGCGCGACAGCGAGGACGACGACAGGGGGACAGCCGAGGGCACGGACACGGACCCCUCGGACCCCCCCUCCGUGUCCCCACACCCCAACGGCUCCGCCUUGUCCCCCGUGUCCCCUGUGUCCCCUCAGGUGACAAAAGCCACCCCUGCAGGUGACAAAAGCCACCCUCACACCUUGGCCGACCUCAAACGGCUCCGGGCGGCCACCAAAACCCAACGGAGCCUCCCCGAGACCCCCGACCCCAAAACACCUGGGGACAUCGGGGACACCCUCGGGGACACCCCUGGGGACACUUUUGGGGACAUCGGGGACCCCCCCCUGCUGCGCCUGACGGCUCCGCUCGAGGAGGCCCCGCCCGACAAGCAGCGCUGUUGUAGGGUCAUGUGA